UUGCUGCUAAGGAAGCCCCAGUACUGGCUGUGGCUUUAGCGGUGACGCGGCCAGCAUUAGCGGACGCUGAAGUCUGGGUUCGUAGAGAGCUGCGACGGUGGGUAGCUGCGCCCUCGGUCGAUCCUGCACCCCUGGCAAAGGCAGUGGAGUGGGAUUUAAAGUUCCUUGGCCCGGAUUUUCGCUCCUGAGGCUCGUACAGGACGGGGCUGGGAGCAUCUUGCCCCGGACGCGGGCCUUUCUGCUAUUCUGCGGGGCGGCAAGGUCGAGAGCUUUUCCUCACCGAAGCGUGGAGAAGAGAGGGCAGGAAGGAGUGCCUGGAGUAUAGCAGUUGUGUCGCCAUAGGCUCUGGUCAUUUAAAACCCCACUGUGACUGAGACCUGCUCUACUUUCCACUGAAAUUGUUCAGGCAAAUACCAUAGUAACUUCCCAAUUUCAGAAUUCAAGAGACUCUCUCCAGGUCUCAUCUUUCUUUGCCAUUGUUGGUGCAGAAUGUCAUCAGAUGAGGAGAGGUGCUCCCUUCCAGGGACGCAGAACGACUCCAACCGAGGCAGCUCAGUCUCUUCAGACCUCCAGGAAGAGUAUGAAGAACUGCUUCGUUAUGCUAUAGUGACGCCAAAUAUUGAAUCGCGUGUUUCACAGCCAUCUCAUUCUAAGGGAGAAGUGGUGACAGAUGUUAGAUUUCCUACUAUAAUUGAUGAUAUUCUUCAUAAUCAAGUAGGAAAUAGCCCUGCAGAGAGAGAAGCAAAGAUGGAAGUUGGAAAAGGACGGGAUGUAAAUACUGUAAGUCAUCCAAAGACAGAAGGGUCAUCACCAGUAUCAUCACCAAGGAAGCCUUCUCACCCAGUCAUAGAUUUUUUCAGCUCAAAUCUUUUAGGCGACUCUUCCUCUGCAGGGUCCAACUCUAGUCCUGCAGGUGUUCAUGAACUGGCUGUGGGUGAUCUUGUUUCUGAUGAAAACCUUCAAAAGUUGGAAAACGUACUGGAUCUUUGGAGUUCAGGCCUUAAGACAAACGUCAUAUCUGAACUAACGAAAUGGAGACUAAAUUUUAUUGACUGGCAUCGUAUAGAAAUGAAAAAAGAGAAAGAAAAACAUGCAGCACAUUUAAAACAACUGUGCAACCAGAUCAACAGCUUGAAGGAGCUGCAAAAAGCCUAUGAAAUCUCUAUUGGGAGAAAAGAUGAGGUGAUUUCCAGCUUGUCUCAUGCCAUAGGCAAGCAAAAGGAAAGGAUAGAGUUGAUGAGAACAUUCUUCCACUGGCGAAUUGGCCAUGUCAAAUCCAGACAGGAUGUUUACGAAGGUAAACUAGCUGACCAGUACUUCCAGAGAACUUUACUGAAGAAAGUGUGGAGAGCCUGGCAUUCCACGGUGCAGAAGAAGUGGAAGGAUGUGGUGGAGCGAGCUUGUCAAGCAAGAGCUGAAGAAGUUUGUGUCCAGAUUUCCAAUGAUUAUGAAGCCAAAGUUGCUGUGUUAUCUGGAGCUUUGGAAAAUGCAAAAGCUGAAAUCCAAAGAAUGCAGCAUGAAAAAGAGCAGUUUGAAGAUUCCAUGAAGAAAGCUUUUAUGCGGGGUGUUUGUGCAUUAAAUCUUGAAGCCAUGACAAUAUUUCAAAACAGAAAUGAUACAGGGAUAGACUUCACAAAUAAUAAAAAGGAAGAAUAUGGUCCUGGUGUUCAAGGGAAAGAGCAUCCUGUUCAUUUGGAUCCUUCGGCUCCUCCAGUACCCUCAGCAGCUGCACCAGCACCAUCCUCAUCAGCAGCCACCAUGGGAGUGACCAGCACUGCUGCCUUUCCCUCUGUGGCUUCCAUCACUUCCACCGGGGCUGCUUCCGCUUCCUACACCCACCUUCCUGUUUCUGCUCCUCUCGGUGCUGGACCUACAGCUCCUGCUGCACCAGAAGAAAUGCACAUACCCAGAGUUGUGACAUCUGCACAGCAGAAAGCUGGAAGGACAAUUACGGCCCGUGUCACAGGGAGAUGUGACUUCGCUUCAAAACACAGAAUUAGCAGCAGUUUAGCUAUAAUGGGAGUUUCUCCUCCCAUGAGCUCGGUUGUGGUGGAAAAACAUCAUCCAGUCACAGUGCAAACCAUUCCUCAAGCUGCUGCAGCAAAAUAUCCCCGGACUAUUCAUCCUGAAAGUACUGCUUUGGCUUCCAGGUCUCUCGGGACCAGAUCAACUCACACUCAGUCUCUUGCGAGUGUUCACUCCAUCAAAGUGGUUGAUUAGAAUGGAUGUGUUCAUAUGAGGCUCUUUUAAGUCCUCUGGGUUUACCAAGGAUUAUAAGUCUUUAGUUUCACAUUUUUCCAGCGUGGACACAUGAUGCUCAUCUUUUCAAAAUCACAAGAGACUUUUUCAAGCCACACUAUCAUUUGUAACUAUAUGUAGGAUUAUUUUAAUGUUAUUUUUUAAUUUAAGCAAUUAAGUAAAACUUUUUUAAAUUAAAAAGAAACUGGACUAUAUUCUUUAAUAGAUUCAGCCUGUGGCUGAUUAUAUCAUCAAAGUAUAUAAAUUCUAUUCUCUAUAUUACUCCAAAAUUAAUCAUUUCCA